AUGCUGCACAAGCUCCUUGCGGGACAUGUGGAGACGCCCCCUGGCCUCGACUACGUGGGCGGAUUCUGUGGAGGUUUGCGGGACGACUACCGUCGACGUUUCGCAUACUUUCGGUCAGACUGGCUCACGGACGUGAUGAAAGGGAAGACAGUCUCAGGUGCGCUUUUCCUUUUCUUCGCCACCUUCACUUCUACCCUCGCCUUGGGCAAACACAUCAACGAUGUGACCCAUGGCGUCAUUGGCAUCAAUGAGUACAUGAUUAUGAACAGCAUCUCGGGCAUGCUGCACUCUGUUUUGGGUUGUCAGCCGCUACUCGUUUUGCGCCCGACCGGGCCAAUCACUUUGCUCAUUGAGAAGCUGCAUGAGGUCAGCGAGUGGCUUGUGCUUCCUUUCUGGCCGCUCUUUGCUUGGACAGGGAUUUUCGUUGGUCUCUACAUGUUUAUCAUCGCUGCGACGGAGCUCAGCCGAUUCAUCAAGUACGUGACUGCGUUCACAGAGAACAUCUUUGCAACCUUCAUCGGCACGGUUUACAUCAAUGACGGCAUUCAGGGCAUGAUCCGUGUGUGGAACAGUGGCACCACAGACGUCGCAGCAAGAAAGCUGCUCGUUUUUAACAUGACCCUGGGCUGCACAGCUUUGGCCUACUACCUCAGCAACAUCCCCAGCACAGCGUGGGGUACCUACACCAUCCGGAAGGUGCUGUCCGAUUAUGCGCUCACCAUCUCAGUCUUCGUGCUGGCCAUCGUUGCUGCUAUCCUUGAUGCCAACUUUUUUGGAGUGGACUUCAUUGACACAAGCAGCACAGGUCUAACUACGACUGAUGGACGUGAGUGGAUGACGGACAUGGGAAGCAUUUCCGCAACUGGCGUCCUAGUGGCGGCUGUAGCUGCUAUCCCUAUCGUGAUGUUCUUCUAUUUGGACCAGAACAUUUCCAGCCUCAUGUGCCAGAAGCCUGAGCAAAUGCUCGGGAAGGGAGCUUACUUCCAUUCUUCCUUCGCUUGCAUGGCCCUCUUCAACCUUCUAGGACCUAUUUGGGGCUUGCCCUUCGUGACCGGCUCCUUGCCACAUUCACCCCAGUUUGUGAGCGCGAUGACGGAGACCGAUGAGGAUUACAAGCCCACUGGGGUCGUGGAGAACCGAGUGGCACCUUUCGUCGGCUACCUUCUAAUGGGCGUGGUCCUUUUCCUGCCCGACCUUCUGAACAAGCUUCCCGAGACUGCAGUGAGUGGUGCUCUCAUAUUCGUGGGGCUGAAGGCCGCUUUGGGCACGCAGCUCUGGGAGCGAUUUCUUCUUCUCUUCACCGAUCCAUCCAAACCACGAUCGGGCAAAGGCUACAGCCACGUGCCUCUCAAGACCGUCCAUUGCUUCACGUUGCUUCAGAUCUUGAUGGUCGUUGGUUGUUGGCUUUGCAACAUCUACAUCGGCCUCGGAUUUCCCGUCUUCGUCGCCAGCCUGAUUCCGUUUCGCUUCAAAGUCCUUCCUUGCCUCUUCAAGAGCGAAGAUAUCGAGGCUCUCCUCACGGAGGAGCCUGAGCCACCGAAGGGGAGCAAGUCCGACAGUGAUGAUAGCAUUGAGAAUGCGAUGGGUGAGGAUGUGGAAAGAGCGAAGGAAGCUCAGAACGAGCAAGAAUCCUCGCGCCAGGCUUUAUGA